UGGAGACUGAAAGAAAUUUAAAUCCCCCGGGUUGUGCUCGACACGCAAAAGACGAAAUAACUGUUAAUUUUUUUGUUUCUUUCCUUCCGUGCUUCUUAAACGCCGUUUCAUGUAGUAAAUGUCCGAUCGAUAGGGCGUUGGUGCUUAAGUUGUUGAGGGUUUUUUCACUCUCUAGUGAAAGGCCAUGGCGGUGGAAGCGCGGCCGGAGCUGGUUGGGAAGCGGUUCCUGUGUGUCAGCGGAGAGGAGCUGCUGGAGCUCGGGGAGAUCGGGCGAUGGGGAUGGCGAGCCGGGGUCAUCCGUGCAGUCAGUCACCGCGACAAUGACAAUCCAGAGCUGACGGUCUACGUGGAGUUCGAUGACCUGGAGUGGGAGAAGCGCGAGUGGGUCAAAGUGUACGAAGACUUCCAGAUCUUCCUGCUGGAGCACCAACUCGUCUGGGCCAAGAGGAAGGAGAGCACCCAGGUUCAGGGAACAAAGGCCAAGCAGAUCCAGUGGCCCGCCUUGACGUUCAAGCCUUUGGUGGGGAAGACGGUGCUGGGCUCCAUUACGGCGGUGGAGUUCUUCUCCGACAGGCAGCUGGAUUUCCUGACCGAUGACGGCGCGUAUCAGCCCUAUCAGGAUGAAGUGGACAGCUUGAAUCCUGUUCUCAGGGACAAUCCGCAGCUUCAUGAAGAGGUGAAAGCCUGGGUGAAAGAUCAAAAGGUUCAGGAAAUUUUUAUGCAAGGUCCCUAUUCGUUGAAUGGCUAUCGAGUACGAGUUUACAGGCAGGACUCCGCCACUCAGUGGUUCACGGGCAUCAUUACCCAUCACGAUCUCUUCAGUCGCACUAUGAUUGUGAUGAACGACCAGGUACUAGAGCCUCAGAAUGUUGACCCUUCUAUGGUACAGAUGACCUUUCUAGACGAUGUGGUCCAUUCUUUGCUGAAAGGUGAAAACAUCGGCAUUACGUCCAGACGCAGGUCUCGCUCCAGCCAGAACAGCAACACUGCCCAUACCUCAGGAGGGAGACCGACCGGCACCACAGGAAGCACUCAGGGUCAUUACACACGCGCUCAAGCCAAUAGCCCCAGACCCGUGAUGAACUCCUCCGGCUCCGCCCCCAAGCAGGCAGGCCAGCAGGCGGGCCAGCAGCAGCAGCAGCAGCAGCAGCAGGGCCAGCAGCCACUGCAAGGCCAGCAGCCACCGCAGGGCCAACAGCAAGGCCAGCAGCAGCAGCAGCAGCAGCAGCAGCAGCAGUCCCCUGGCCAGCAGCGCGGAUCCCGCUCCGGCCGCAGGAAGGGCUCCGACAGCAGCGUGCCAGACGACGACAAGAUCAAGGAGGAGAAGGCGGACAGCGGUGGGAGAGGAGAUUUAUCGAAAAGUAAAAGCAAGCAAAUGGCGAACAAGAGGAGAAAACCCGAGGAGGACGACAAGAAAGUGGGCCUGAAAAGGCUGAAGCCAGACAACGCCUCGGACUUCUCUGAGAGCAGCGACUCCGAGAACUCUAAUAAGCGAGCCGCGGACUCAUCCUCGGAGCAGAACUCGGAGAACGAGUUAAAAGGAAAGAGCACUUCAAAGGCGGGCGAGGCGGAGGAGGAGGAGGAGAAAUCCCAGAGUUCCAAGGCGGGCGAGGAGCCGGCUCGAAUGGAUCGGCUGUCUCCGCGGGAGGAGAUGGAGGGGGAUGAAAAAAGCAGCAGCAGCAGCAGCAGCCAGGCUGAAUUAGCGCAGUCAGCUGACUGUGAGCGGCGGGAGGAGAAGUCUCCGCUGCAGCCGGCCAAGCCGCCCACUCCCUGUGUUCCCGAGGCCCAGGGCUGCAUCGUGGAAAUGAAAAGCACUGUGAAAACACUACCCAAGGACCAUUACGUAAGCGCCGUCACCGCCGCCAGAACCCAGACGCCCAAGUGCGUUAUCGACAUCACGGACGACGGCAGCGCCCGCCCGGGGUCCCGGGAAAGCUCGGAGGCCGUCUCGGCCCUCCUGGCCUCCCAGAAAUCCGAGCUGUACAUCCCCGAGCCCCGGCAUUUAGUGCUUAAACCAUCAGCCUCGGACUGUAGGAAGCUAGAGGCUGAGCAGCAGAUGGCCCGCAGCCUUGGCAGCAAAAUAGAAUUUGCCCAUUCAGAAGUUAUAAGGCCGGUUACAUCUGUCAGCGAAUCUGCCGCUGUGGCCGAAAGAGAAAAAGUGCAGCAGUAUUCCUCCAUCGUCCCUUGCAUUAAGAGCGCCUCCGUCGCCGAGGACGCCAGGAAGUCCCACAAGAUGAGCCCCUCCCCCGAUGUCCUCAAACCCAAAUCCAACCCUUCCCCCGAAAUCCUGAAGCCUAAGUGCAAUCCCUCCCCCGAUAUUAUCAAAUCGAAAACUCACGGUGUCCCGGAGACGACCAAACCCAAACCAAAUACAUCCCCCGAGGUGUCCAAGCAUAAAAUCAGGUAUCAAGACAGCGCGGCGGGCGCCGGGAACCGCGCCGCGUCCAAAGCCGAGCUGGACGCGCCCCGCUCCAGCUUCAAGCCCGUUCCCGCCCGGGGGGCGGCGGCCGAGUCCACCAAGAGCCCCCUCAUCAUCGACAAGAACGAGCAUUUCACCGUUUACAGGGACCCCGCCCUCGUGCGGCCGGAGACGGAGACCAACCACAUCGCCUAUUUGCACCAGCACCUGCACCCGCUCCACGCCUCGUCCCACCCCACCUGCCUCACCCCCAACACCCACCACCCCUCCCACCUGCUGCCCGGCUCGCCUAUCAACGCGCACACGUUGAGCGGGGCCACGCACCCCUCGGUGCACCACCCCCACCUGCUUCCCAGUGUGCUCUCCGGCAUGCCCCCGGCCUCCCUGCUGGGUGGCCACCCCCGCCUGGACUCGGGCCACGCCGGCGGGCUGGGUCACCUGGCCCUGGCCCAUCACCACCCCCACCAACAGCAGCAGUUCCUCCAACAGCAGCCCCCGCCCCCUCUGCUGGCACAGACACACACCAGCGCCUCCUACAACCAGCUGGGGCUCUAUCCCAUCAUCUGGCAGUACCCCAACGGCACCCACACCUACCCGGGACUCGGCCUGCCGUCCUCCAAGUGGGUGCACCCCGAAAACGCCGUCAACUCCGAGGCCAGCUUAAGGAGGAACACCCCCAGCCCCUGGCUCCACCAGCACACCCCCGUGACCUCUGCCGACAGCCUGGGGUUACUGAGCCACGUCCCGGUCAGGCCCGCCAGCGCCGAGCCCCACCGGCCCAUCAAGAUCAGCGCUCACGCCAGCCCUCCCCUCUCCAAGACCGCGGGGGAUCUCCACAGGGAGGAGCUGGAGAAAAAGGCUUUCAUGGAUCCGAUACGGACGAUCACGAGCGCGCACCUGAAGCAGGACCAGGACCGCAGCCGGACCCCGACGGGCAAGGACGGGCACGUGCCCCGCCUCUUCCUGGACCCCCUGUCAGGCCACGGCAAGCAGCAGCGGCCGGCGGCGGACGGCGGCGACAGGGCCAACAAGUACAAGGAGGAGAACCGGCGCAUCCUCCAGGAGAGCAUCGAGGUGGCCCCCUUCACGGCCAAGAUCCGGCCCAGCGAGCCCGAGCGGGACGCGUACCCCCGCAUCCCCUCGCUGCCGGCGCCCGCGCCCAAGGCCCACGGCCUGCACACGGAGAAGGAGCUGGAGCACCCGGCUGCCGAGCUGUACAAACUGAAGCACGCGGCCCCACAGACUCUGCCCCAGAGCACCUACUUCACCACCCUGUCCAACAGCGUGGUGAAUGAGCCGCCGCGGCUCUACCCCUCCAAGGAGCUGAACUCCUACUUCGAGAAGGUGAGCGGCGGCGGCGGCAGCUGCGGCAGCAGCCAGUCGGCGGCCUCCAGCCCCCUGGCGGCAUACGGCAGCAAGCCCUUCUCCAAGCCGCCCCCGCUGAUCAAGCACCAGCCCGAGGGCGAGGGCCUGGUGGGCAAAAUCACCGAGCAGCUCUCCCAGCAAGUGGCCUUGCACCCCGUCGGCGGCUCGGGCGGCGAGCGGAGGAGCCCGGCCAUGUCGCCCUCCAACCCGCUCCGCUGCAUGCCGGCGCUGCACAGGGCCCCCGUCUUUCACCCGCCCACCCAGCAGACGCUGGACCGCAAGGAGGGCGGCUACGGCCGGCUGUCCCCCCCGACGCUCACCCCCAUCCAGCCCGUCAGCUCGGCGGGGAAGGUUUCGGAGCAGCAGAAGCCGCCCACGCUGCUGCCCGAGCUGAGGGAGGUGGGCGGCGCGGGCAAGGGCGGCCCCGAGAUGAGCUCGUCCGAGGCCUGGAAGGCCGGGGACUCGCAGGCCCAUGACAAGCCCGGGUGGCACCCGGAAAAAAGCGGCGCCAAGCCGCAGGCAGCUACGGCGUCCGUCAUCGUGCGCCCUUCCACGUGCAUAAAGUACGACGGCUCUCCAGGCCCCAGGACGGCCGCCAAAGAGCCGGCCGCGGAGAGGCCGUUCGCGGGCAAGAACCAGACGGACUGCCUGAAAGCAGCCGAAGGCAGGGAGCCCGGGAGAGUCAUCCUGCCAAACACCAACUUGGAGGACGCCUGCGCGCAGUACAAGAAGAACUUUAUGAGAGCGGCGCAGGCAGGCGUCCCCGGCGCCGUCGUGGCCCCUGCCAACUCCGUGUGCAAUACCAAGACCGACGUAACCACUUCUGCGGCCCCUGGCGUGCUCAGCCGGGCCGUGGCGGACGCGGCGUACUCCGCGCUGGGGGCAGCGGCAGUAGCGGCGGGCAGUGCUGCCCCCAGAGGGGCGGGGCACCUGGGUGCUGAGCUGUGUCAGGAGGGCAGGUCCCGGACCACCUCCCCCGGCGCCUUCCUGCCGCCCGGAGCGGGGGGCGCGGCGCCGGCCAGCGUGGGCCCGGCCUACUCCGGCAACUUCAUCCACCUGAAAAAGCACAAGGCGGCGCUGGCCGCAGCCCAGUCCAGGAGCUCCGGCACGGCGGAGAGCGAGCCCGGGAGCGCCAAGGCUCCCCCCUGCUCAGCGCCCGCAGCUCAGGACAGCCCCGCGCCCGGCAACGCAAUCAACAAAACGGGCUCUCUGACCAACGGGCAGCCUGCCCAGCUCAGCCAGCCUAACUACCACAAGCUGAAAAAGGCCUGGCUCACCAGGCACUCGGAGGAGGACAGGAACACUAACAAAGCGGAGAAGCUGGGCAGCGCCGUGUCGGAGAUCAUCAAGCCCUGCACCGUUAGCUUAAUCGCCUCCACGUCGAGCGACGUGGAGAUUAGCAAGGAGGGCAAAGGGCAGGAGGACAAGAUGGCGCAGGAGGACAAGAAGACGCGGCGGGGCGCCAAGCGCACAUACGAGUCCGGCUCGGAGAGCGCCGAGGACUCGGACGAGAGCGAGAGCAAGUCGGAGCAGAGGGCCAAGCGCCAGCCCAAGCCCACCUACAAAAAGAAGCAGAACGACAUGCAGAAGAGGAAGGGCGACAACGAGAAGGAGGAGGACGAAGUCAAGCCCAACGGUAUUUUUAGAAGCGCCAGAGAGAAAACCAAGCUCAAGCUGGCCAGCAGCAACGGAAUCCCCCGCUCCGUGCUGAAGGACUGGCGCAAGGUGAAGAAGCUGAAGCAGACCGGCGAGUCCUUCCUCCAGGAUGACUCCUGCUCCGAGAUCGGGCCCAACCUGCAGAAGUGCCGCGAGUGCCGCGUGGUCCGCAGCAAGAAGGGCGAGGAGCCCGCCCACUCGCCCGUCUUCUGCCGCUUCUACUACUUCCGCCGCCUCUCCUACAGCAAGAACGGCGUGAUCAGAAUAGACGGCUUCUCCUCCCCCGAUCAGUAUGACGAGGAGGCCGUCAGCCUGUGGGCCCCGGACAGCUACGAGGACAACGAGCUGGACCUGGAGACCUCCAAGUACAUCCUCAGCUACAUCGGGGACAAGUUCUGUCAGCUCGUCAUGACCGAAAACACCGCGGCGACGUGGAUCAAAAAGGACGCCAAGAUCGCCUGGAAGAGGGCCGUGCGAGGAGUGCGGGAGAUGUGCGACGCAUGCGAAGCCACAUUGUUUAACAUUCACUGGGUCUGCCAAAAAUGCGGAUUCGUAGUUUGUUUGGACUGUUACAAGGCGAAGGAAAGAAAGAGCUCCAAAGACAAAGAGCUGUACGCCUGGCUGAAGUGCGUCAAGGGACAGCCACAUGAUCACAAGCACCUGAUGCCAACGCAGAUUAUUCCAGGAACCGUUCUGACAGAUCUAGUCAAUGCCAUGCACGUGCUCAGAGAGAAGUAUGGCAUCAAAUCCCACUGCGCAUGUACUGGGAAGCAUACAGCUCUGCUCAACAAGAUCCCGUCCACCAACGGAGUCUCCCAGGUGUUGCAGAAUGUGCUGAACCACAGCAACAAGCUGUCCCUGUGCAAGCCGGACGCCCCGCAGCAGAACCCCUCCCAGAAGGUGGAGGCCAACGGCGGCAGCAGCCCCGCCAGCGACACCAGCACCGACAGCAAGCUGACCCCGCCCGAAUCGCAGUCGCCCCUGCACUUCUUGGCCGAUCUCGCCGAGCAGAAAUCCAGGGAGGAAAAGAAAGAAAACAAGGAGUCUCCUCUCGGGAAGGCGGUGAAGGAGGAGAAGGACCACCCGGACAGCCUGGAGAGCCUGCACUGCAAGUCUACCUCCCUGGUGUCCAACAGCACGGAGCAGGGCUCCACGCUGCGCGACCUGCUCACCACCACCGCCGGCAAGCUGCGGCUGGGCUCCACCGACGCCGGCAUCGCCUUCGCCCCCGUCUACUCCACCGCCUCCCAGACCGGGAAGAGCGGCAGGAGCAUGCCCAACAUCCUGGAUGACAUCAUUGCCUCGGUGGUGGAAAACAAGAUCCCGGCCAGCAGGAGCGCCAAGCUGAGCCUCAAGCAGGAAGUGAGCGAGGAGCCCAAGGUGGAGCGCAAAAAGGCCAGCGCCGAGGAGCCCCCGAAGCUCCACGCCGACAUCCCCCACUCCUGGCUGUACGACCGCCGCCUGCUCUGGCUCAAAGACCACCGCAACCCUGGCAACUGGAAGCUCUUCAGGGAGUGCUGGAAGCAGGGGCAGCCAGUUCUUGUGUCCGGGGUACACAAGAAACUGAAUGCCAGUCUGUGGAAGGCAGAAUCUUUUAACCAGGAGUUUGCUGACCACCAAGGAGACCUUCUGAACUGCAAGGAUGGUGUGGUCUCCAACUCUGGCAUCAAGGAAUUCUGGGAUGGCUUUGAAGACCUGACCAAACGGCCCAAAUCGAAAGACGGGGACACCAUGGUGUAUCGGCUGAAGGACUGGCCCUCGGGGGAAGAGUUCAUGGCCCUCAUGCCUUCCAGGUAUGAUGACCUGAUGAAGAACCUCCCUCUCCCGGAGUACUCGGACCCCGAGGGGAACCUCAACCUGGCCUCCCAUCUGCCCACUUUCUUCGUGCGGCCAGACCUCGGUCCGAGGCUGUGCUGUGCCUACGGUGUAGCCGCCUCCCAGGAGCAGGACUUCGGAACGGCUAACCUUCACCUGGAGGUGUCCGACAUCGUCAGCGUCCUCGUCUACGUCGGGGUGGCCAAAGGAAACGGAGUCCUCUCCAAAACAGGUGUGUUGAAGAGACUGGAGGAAGAAGAUCUGGAUGACAGUGUGAAGAAAAGAUUAAAAGACUCCAGCGAGACUCCAGGAGCCUUGUGGCACAUCUACGUGAGCAAAGAUGUGGAUAAAAUUAAAGAGUUCCUGCACAAGGUGGCGAAGGAGCAGGGCGUGGAGGUGCCGGCGGAGCAGGACCCGAUCCGGGAGCCCGGCUGGUACCUGAGCAGGAAGCUGCGGCAGCGGCUGCUGGAGGAGUACGGGGUGCAGGGCUGGACCGUGGUGCAGUUCCUGGGAGACUCCGUCCUCAUCCCCGCGGGGGCCAUGCACCAGGUGCAGAACCUUCACAGCUGUGUUCAAGUGAUUAAUGACUUUGUGUCGCCGGAACAUGUGGUGCACUCAUUUCAUUUAACACAGGAACUGAGAUCCUCCAAAGAAGAAAUUAACUACGAAGAUAAGCUACAGGUCAAGAACAUCUUUUAUCACUGUGUGAAAAACGCAGUGGGAACAUUAAAGAGGUGCUGUACCGAGGAACAGGACGAAACGGAAGAGAACUCAUGACACUUUCCCCUCGUUGUCGCUGAAGGAUGGCUCCUCUCGGCCGUUCUUCAUCAUGUCACACGAAAUAUGCACACUAACCUUAGCAUCAUGAACCUCCAGUGCCAAGCAGACUAAAAAAAAAACUCUAUUUAUUUGUUACUGACACCAUAGCAGUAUAGCCCAGAGCAUCAGGAUAACUGUGAUUCAAUGCAAGUGUAAAGAUAAUCUGCAAGUAACAGCACUGCUGUUCCCUCUAGUGGUUAUUUUUUUUGUUUUGUUUGUUCAGUUUUUUUUUCUUUUCUUUCUUGUAUAUUGUUUCAGUGGAAAAUGAUUAAAAUGAUGUAUUUAUUUUUUAAGAGUUCUAUGCUAUUAUGUGUUAUAGAUCAAAUGUAAAUGUGACUUGUACAGUUUGAUAAAUCGAUUCUGAUACCGUUCACUACAUUGAGACAGUUACUGUGAGAGAGGAUACAGACACCAGCUAUUGCCUGUACUUGGGAAUCUUUGCUGAAUUGCAGUCCUCAUGCCAUAUCUUUUGAAAAUGAACUGCCAAACUAUUGUAAAGUGUAAAGUUAUAUUAUGUAAAGAAACUAAAGGCAAAAUGAA